GAAGAAGAGGAGAUAGGGGAGUUGGAGAGAACCGGGGUGGGGGGGAAAUAACACUUGACAAACAGCGCACAGAGGAGAGGAGGGACAGUACCUCGCGCGUUGGACGUCCCCUCCUUUCUGGUCUCGGGCUGUCACGGCAGAUUGGACUCGGAAGAGAGGAGCGACACGGCGGCCACCCCAGACCCCAUGGGGUAACAGCUAAAGUUGUGCGUGGUGUUUGCUGAAGGUGGUGCAGAUUGUUACACUGGACAUCAUGGUGUGGAGCUUGCAGGAAGCAGCAGAGGUGCAAUAAGCAGAUGUUCGGAGGAGAGGCUUUCUUUCAGCUACACAGAUGAACAACAGGAAGGAGGACAUGGAGAUCUCGUCUCACUACCGUCAGCUCCUCAGGGAGCUCAAUGAGCAGAGGCAGCACGGCAUUCUCUGUGACGCCUGCGUCAUUGUGGACGGGAAGAUCUUCAAGGCCCAUAAGAACGUCCUUCUGGGUUCCUCGCGCUACUUCAAGACUCUUUACUGCCAGGUUAAAAAAGGGGCGGAGCCUCACCAUCAGACGACUGUCACUCAUCUGGACAUUGUUACAGCGACRGGCUUCAAAGCAAUUUUGGACUUCAUGUACUCGGCACAUCUUGCCCUUACCAGUAAGAACGCGAUCGAGGUCAUGUCAGCUGCCAGCUACCUACAGAUGACGGACAUCGUCCAGGCCUGCCACAGCUUCAUCAAUGCUGCACUGGACAUCAACAUCCGAUCUGGGAUGGCUGACGAGCUGGCCGACUUUGAAAUGGGAGCCGUUGCYGCAGGUUUGGGGGGAGGCGGAGGAGUUGGCGGGGGUGGAGGAGCAGUAGGUAUAACGGGAUCAGGGGCUGUUCCAGGAGCUGGUUUAGGAGGGGGAGGUGGAAUAGUGGGCAUUGCCUCCGAAGCCUUGGCCUCCAUCAUUUCAGGUCGCAGCACYUCUCCCUGGCUGCCUCGUCGAACCAGCCCAGCCAACUCCUCCGGGGACUCAGCCAUAGCCAGCUGCCACGAGGGAGGCAGCACCUACGGAAAGGAGGACCAAGAACCCCCGAAGAGUCAUGAGAGCCAGGAGGAAGCCUGCCACGACUCCCAGCCUGCCUGGCCACAUGACUACAGACCCAUCAACGUCAAAGAAGAACAGGUCUCCCCGGCCUCCUCUUCUCAUCCAAGGGACACUCCAAAGGGGGCAACCCAAAAUCAGGUGGAACAUGGGACUGGGGGCGCCAGUGGAGGAGCUGGAGAUGGACCUUGGCAACCUUUGUCCGGGUCGGGGCGAAGGAAGAACAGGAAGAACAAGGACACGGUCAGACAUAUUACCCAGCAGGCAGAGAGGACUUGGGAUCGGCGGGACAGAGAGCGAGACAGGGACAGUAGACCUGGGUCUCCUCUGCCCUCCAUGUUGGCUGUUACUGGAUGGAACUACAAUGGGCAGGACAUCCCAGGGGCAGACGUGACUGAACCCAACAGCUCAGACAGCCGCAGCGAACGCCUCGACUUCUUCCUCAAACAGGAAGAAGCGCUAACCACAGAGGCCGGCUUCCUGGGCACCAACGAAUCGGAGGAGGCCGGCGGAGGGGCAGGCGGUGGAGGGAUCUCGUCCGUGGCCAAUCUGAAGGCAGCGCUGAUGAGUAAGAACAGCCUGCUGUCUCUGCGGGCUGAGAUGAUGGGAGAUGAUAACCCCUUACUGUACGAGUACCUGCCCAAAGGAGGUCACUCCCUGUCUUGGCUCCGCUUCAACAACUACUGCAGCACGCUCCGGCCAGGGGCCACAGGGGCCACUGUUCAUAACAAACAGGGUGCUGGCUCCUCUCCUCCUCCUCUUCCUCUUCUUCCUCCUCAUCUUCCAUCCUCAUCAUCGCCACCACCACAACACCUGCCACCAUCAACGCCAGCAUACUGCCCACCUACUUCACUCACGCCACUGCACCCCUCGCAGCCCCGGCCCCUGGAGGCCCCCGGUCUACAGACUGGGGCACCCCUGUUGAACUCUGAAGGACUGGGCAUGGAAGUGGAGGAGGCCCUCGAGGGCCCGGAACCCUCCACGCUGCCGGAGGAGGGUGUAAAGGACAAAGAAAAGAUGAAAGAAGAUGGCACAGCCUUGGAAGGGGACCAGUCACCCGAGGAGAGGGAUCAGAUGGGCGAGGGCUUGUCGGUGCCUGCGUCAGUGUCUGUGGCUGGCACGGGAACUGAGGGUCUGCUCGUGGUGGGUGAAGAGGCUGGAUCAGGGGAACGAGUCCUGCCAGAGCACGGUGCGAGCUCCUCGCAGGGGUUGGCCUGCUCCCUGUGCAAACGGCUGUUCAGCAGCCUGGAGCACCUCAGGGAACACGAGUACCACCACACCCUGUCUCUCAUGGCCCUGUCCCUGGACUGGCCGAGCGCGCAGAGUCCGCUCCACCAACCUGUCCAGCCCCGUCCCGAGUCCCAGCCCCAGCCCCCCUACUACAGCCAGCCCCUGUACCGCCCCGCGCUGGGCGAGCCGGCGCCGGCGCGCUACUUCUGCUCCCGCUGCCCCGCCAGCUUCACCCUCAAGUCCAAUGCCGACCGGCACGAGAAGACCAUCCACUUCAAGAAGAAGCUGAUGCAGUGCACGUACUGCCUGAAGCACUUCCGGGACCGCACGGACCUGCACCGGCACCUGUCGUCCGUGCACUCCAGAGAGCGGGGUCACGCCUGCCCGGCCUGCGCCAAGGCUUUUAGCACCCAGAAAAACUUGGCGACGCACGUUAAAGUGUGCUGCCAGGUGGGGCUGCUGCCAGCAGCUAUACUGGGAGACAGCGCUGCAAUGGAAAUGUCUCAGGGUGGACUUACAGAUCCACUGUGGAGGCUAACUCAGCACAUGAAAGUUGACAGUUUUAACAGCAGUAUUGAUGUGGAAAGCCUGUAAAAACACACUUUUAUACCCAUUUGUUCAUUUGGCAGUGUUCCUUCACUUUGUGUUUAACGUUCAUGCCAAAAAAAAGCAUUGUGAUGUUACUGCGCUUUUUCAAUCUAAAGUGUGACCCAUAUUUUUUACAACUUGUUGACUAAUUUUUUUUAUGUUACUGUGUUAGAGUGACCUAAUGAAAAGUGACACCUUAUUUGUCAGAAAUGCACAGCUUCUAUGCAAAAAGAAUUUGACUAAAGAAAACUUUUGACCCAAAGCUCACGCAGUGUUUUAGGAUGAGUAGGUAGUUUCAAUGAGCGUCGACUGUACCCAUAACCAGGUGAACUACUUUAAACUGCAGUGCCGAACGGAGAGGCGUUUGGGGGGAUUUUUUCCACCUCCUCAAACAAAAACACUUAUCUGGCUCUGUCGCCAAGCACCGUUCUGAACUUUUGAGUCCUUUUUAGGCAGACAGAUGUUAAUCUCUGCUGACCACCCCUGCACUGCGCACACAAGAUAUUCAGAGUUCAUACCUGUCAGGCAUGGUGUCUCCCAGCCCCAAACGAACCGCUCCACCUGCAGGAUCUUUGCAGCAUUGCAGUAAAAAAUAAGUUAAAAAAAAAAACAGAAAUUAGGCUUUUGCGUUGAAAUAUUUUUGCAGUGGCUUGAGGGAAAUUUAGAGUGUAAAAAUAGCCAAAGUAACAAAGGAAUUCUGCGACUGCAUUGCAGCGAUUCUUGUUUUCAGUCAUCUUGUCUGACAUGACUUCACUCAGACAGAGCUGUCAGAUCGGCACAGAUGGAAGGGAUGUGCGGAUCGAGACAAAGCCUGUUAAAACAAUAGGCUGGUAGCAGCUCAGAUGGGGUUGGGUGGUGUCAUUUACUUUUCUUUUUUUUUUUUUUUUUUUUUUUUUUGGGCAAACCAACUCCUCUGUUCCAGAUUUGUAAGUCUGGUUGUGGCUGAGUGGGCUAGGACCUAGACGGUAAUUGGUCCUUCACGGCUCCGGCCCCUCUUAACCUCUGACCUCGCAUCUGACGUGGAAAGUAGGGACCGAUGGGGGCGUGGAGGACCUUUUAAACCUGACGAGCUUAGUGAUGUCACGCCCGCGGAGCGAUAAUGGUGCCGGGGUUGUGUGCUCGGAGCAGAAAAUGGGGAAUCAAGUGGGAGAAAUGGGAGAGGAUGAGGGAGGCGGUGAGGRCUCCGCCACUGCCGUUCAUGUAAAUUUAUGCCCAUUUCUGCCAAAAUCUUUGGCUUUGAGUUUACAGCAGCCACGCAACCGAAGAUUCUCUCGAGACAAUCUAUUUAUUGACGCCCAUAUUGUGACUACUAUAMCCAUAGAGCAGACAUCUGCCUGCUUUUACCUGUCUAGGUGCUCCAAAAAUAUAAAAUGAGCUAAACUURACUCCGCUGCAGUUGUUUAUGUAAGUUAUAUAUGCAAGGGAAACUCCCAAAUGCCAAAUACAUCAUAAAAAAACAUUUUCAGGUAGCCUGUUCUGUGGCAGCCAGCAGCUGAAACAGACUGAUGGAUCUCAGGAACUAACGAGAAAAUCUGCAGCGCUUGAAGAGAAGUAGGAAAUAAAAAGUGUCUGACUGUGGUGUGGUACUUUUGAUUUUCAGUAAGUGUUGAUGUACGAACAGAAAGCUAGGUUAAAUACUGUAUUACUGAAACCCAUGUACUGUUCAGAGAUCUUUCUUUUCUUUUCUUUUAAACAUAAUCUUUCUCUAAUUGUAGAUUUUAUGAUGUGAAUAAAUUGUGAUUCAAACUGUA